CCAAGCAGUGUGUGGCCUUAGGGAUGGUAUACUGGACUAUACACAAGGUAGGACUGCAUUUUUCCUUGGUCAGCAGACAAGCUAUGCUGAGAAUUUACAGAGAUGCUGCUACCAUCCACCCAGCUAUGCUUCUUUGGAUUUAUCUUAGGUUCUGUGACACAGAAGUGCUUUCAGACUAAUGCUGAUAAAGGUAAGUAGACAUUUAAUUUUGAAAUAUAAUAUAUGGGAUCAUUUUGUUGGGCAUGUAAAUUAUUGACAUGUUAGGAUGCUGUGUUUGUCCAUCAGUAAAAGUUUAGUUGGUGUUGGAACCAUUUUGAUGAUUGUAGGAAUACUAAUUUAAAGGAGGUUGAUUUCCAAAGGAAGAGAGGUAGAUACAAGCAAUAAUACUAGGGCUUCUUUGAUCAAGUGAUCAAAAGAAAAGUCAUUUUACCCCUUAAGUGUUCUCUUUUAUCAACACAUAGGAUCUAUGUAAAAACUUAUGGUGAACUGCCAACGCAUGGAAUUAUUAUCGUGAGUCUGAAAGCAGCCUGUAGGGCACUUUUCAUGAUAGAAUUCUCUUCAAACUCAGUAUUAGAUAAUUGACAAUAAUAUACUUAUUCUUGUUAGGCAUGAUAAUGAAGAAAACCCAGUGAUGGCCUUGUCCUGAUGCAAAUAUUGCCUACUGAGAGAAUAACCAAUGGAAAUCAUCAUAAAUUCCCAAGAUAUUAAAUUAUCUACAAAGAAUGUCUCUAAAACACACACUCACAAUUAACUUAGGAUAUAAAUGUUUGAAAGUUUCUGAUUUCAGUCCAAAAAUGUAGGAAAUCAGUGGUUUCUCAAACUGCAGAAAUUUGCAACUUAAUUAUUUAAUUAUAUUUGCACAGUGGAAGAUGCUCUCUCAACUAUACAGUACCAGACCAUACAUUGGCAGGAACUGUGAACAGAUAAAAUUCCACCUGAUAAGAAGGAAGAGGUACUACUGGUAACCUCAGAUAGCUAGAUCUCCACCUCCUGUUUCUUUAAAGUAUGAACACUCGUCUUGAUACUAGUAUUAAAUUUGCUUCCGUGUGAGAAUGUUGCCUCUUUUCCUGCAAGUGUCCAUGGAGCUGGACAUGGUGAAAUCUACCUCCAGGACCUAUUCAAUCAUGCCAUCAUGCUGUCUUAUAACAUCAGUGAACUCAAUCGGGAAAUGCGUAGGAUAUUUUUCGUCAGUGACUUCUCUUCAAAAAAAUUCUUUAAAUUUAUAUUAGAGUUGAACAAAGAUGAGGAGAAUAUUCCCAAGAUGCUUGACAGCUGCCAUACUCUUCCCACCAACACUCCAAAAACAAUACAGGAAGCCCGGAAGUUAUCACUUGAAGACUUUCUGAAAAUAAUACUGAAUUUAAUGGGAACCUGGAAUGACCCUCUGCACUACCAAGUGAUAAAACUCAGUGGUAUGCCAGGAGCCACUGAUGCUGUCCUGUCCACAGCAAAAAAUAUUGAGGCACAAAACAAAGAACUUCUAGAACUUAUCAAAUGGAUACUCAACAUGGUGGCUUUUUGGAUAUGAGAAAGAAAACUCUGAAUUUUUCUUUCAACAACAUGCUUGGGUUCAGAUAAGGGGCGAGCCACAGUCCAACUCAAAACAGUGUGUGGCCUUUGGGAUAGUUCAACUGACUAUAUAUGAUGUGGACUAUUAACUGGAGAUGGGACUGCAGUGAAGAAGCCAAGCUGUGGCAGGAUUGUACAGAGAUGCCACUGACUUACUCUCAACCAUGCUCCUGGGCACUUCAGCUGUUGCUGGUGUCAAAUCUCCUUUUAUGGGAGAAUGUGGCCUCUGUGCCUUUGAGUAGCAAUGAGACUGAUGAUCAACUCUACCUCAAGACACUGUUUGAUCAUGCGAUAAUGCUAUCUCAGAAUAUCAGUAAGCUCAACAUUGAAAUGCGAAGGAUGUAUGCUGACAGUGAGUUCUCUGAAAAAUUCCACCAUAAAUUUCUAGCUUCAUCAUCAGAGUCAUACAACCAAUUCAUGCUAGAGUUUUUUGAGGAUCAGGAGUUUAUGAUCAAGCAUCUCACUUGCUGCCACAAUUACUCGAUGAAAACACCAGAAAGCAUGGAUGAAGCACAAAUGAUCUCUCUUCAAGACUUUCCAAAACUGAUACUCAGUAGAGUGCGGGCUUGGAAUGACACUCUUAAAAACUUCCUAACCAUACUCGGAAAUAGGCCGGGAACACAUAAUGAUGUAGUAUCAUUAGCCAAAGACAUUGAGAGAAAAAAUGCAGAGCUUUCUGAGGACAUCAAGAAAAUACUCAGCUCGGUUUCUAUCACAAGAGAAAAUGUGGAUUACACUGUCUUGACUGGUCUUGAAGACUUGCAAUCAUCUGAUGAAGAGUUUCGCCUUUUUACUCUUUGUAAAUUAUCCUAUUGCUUGCGUGUAGAUAUGAAUAUGCUUGACCUUUGUCUCAAGCUUUUGAGGUGUGUGUUACUUGUUAAGAGUGACAUUUGCUUAUCCCAGAGAAUUAGAAAUGAUUCAUAAUGUCACAUCAUUUUUAUACAUUUUGAAAGUAUG